AUGGAUGACAUUAUUGCAACGGGCAAUAAUUCAAAAGAAAUUGAACUAUUGAUAUCUCAAUUGAACAGAAUUUUUCCGCUGAAAGAUCUUGGCAGGUUUAACUACUUAGGCUUAGAGGCAACUUAUCUCCCUCAUGGUGACAUGAUGCACUCUCAAGCCAUAUACACAAGGGAGUUGCUUCUAAAGGCAGAAAUGCAUAAUUCUAAACCAUUACCUACACCAAUGGCUACAGAUGUCAAACUCUUCUCCAAUGAUUCAGAACCGUUUAAAAAUCCAACACAAUAUAGUUCAACUUUGCUUCAUUGGAAAAGUGUAAAAAGAAUCCUUAGAUACUUGCAAGAUGCAGAUUGGGGAGGAAAUUUAGAGGAUAGAAAGUCUAUCUCUGGAUUCUGUGUAUAUCUUGGGAACAACCUUAUAUCUUGGAAGAACAACAAACAAACUAAAGUGAGUAGAAGUAGCAUGGAGGCAAAAUACAAGGCUAUGUUUGCAGCUCAAACAGAAAUUAUGUCCUUACAACAGCUUCUACAAGAGCUUCGGAUACCUCAAACCGUGGUGCCUACUAUCUACUGUGAUAAUCAGAGUGCGUGUCUUCUUGUGGCAAAUCCUAUACUUUAUAACAGAUCAGUUUUUCGACAGUUAGCCACUCUUGCGGCAGUUCUGUCUGCGUUCUCUUCUGGCAGUUCCGUCUGCUUUCGUCUGCGCUUCCUUCCGACAGUUCCGUUUGCGCUUCCUUCCGGCAGUUCCGUCUGCGCUUCCUUCCGAUAG